AGAAAAGUGCAUAUCAGCAAGUCCAUCACUUCAUCACCAAUUCGUCCCCAUAUAACGUAUCGUCAUUGGUCAUUCUUUUGAAGUUUCUGCAUAAUCUUUCCUAAAAUUUGCUACACUUUCUAUCCAUUCUCCUUCUACUGUCACUACCCACGUGUUAGUUAACUGGACUCGUUUGCCAUAUGAUUUGAUCACCAUCUGGAACCAUUCGUUUUAAUCUUCUAUAUAAGAGAAGUCCCGGUCAGUCUAGGAUACUUUCACAGAAACACUAAACUUGUCUCUGCGUUGUCCAUAUAUCUAGUUUAAAGGGAAAAAAAAUGGCUCUCCAAUUACCCAAAAUCAUAGUUAUGCUGAGAAAGGUCUUCGUCAUUUGGAUGGUGAUGAUGGCGAUGUGCGGUUGUUUGAGUGACUCAAAAUGUGAAUAUGAGGCAAUCUUCAACUUUGGAGACUCAAAUACCGACACUGGUGGGUUUUGGGCAGCAUUCCCUCCUCAGCGUCUUCCUUUUGGCAUGACCUACUUCAAGAGACCCGCUGGUCGCGCUUCAGAUGGGAGGAAUAUUGUUGAUUUCUUGGCUAAAGCUCUUGGAUUUCCAUACAUAGACCCAUAUUUACAAUCAAUGGGAUCAGAUUUCAGACAUGGUGCCAAUUAUGCUACGGCGGCCUCAACAGUUCUAUUGCCUAACACUUCCUUGUUUGUUAGUGGGCUCAGCCCAUUUUCUCUGGCUAUCCAACUCAACCAAAUGAAAAAUUUCAAGACUAGAGUGGAGGAAUUUCACGCCUCUGGUAAAACAGGCUCAACGAGGCUGCCUUCACCGGAUGUCUUUGGAAAAUCUAUAUAUAAUUUCUUCAUCGGUCAAAAUGAUUUUACAUCCCAAUUAGCAGCUAUUGGUGUAAGUGGUGUGAAGAAGUUUCUUCCUGAUGUGAUUAACACAAUUGCUUGGACAAUCAAGGAGAUAUAUGCAUUUGGUGGACGCACAUUUUUUGUAUUGAAUCUUGCACCAAUUGGUUGUUAUCCUGCAUUUUUGGUGGAGCUUCCACACAACAGUACAGAUAUCGACGUGUAUGGUUGCUUGGUUUCUUACAACAGAGCUGUGGUGGAUUAUAAUAACAUGUUGAAGGAGACGCUAGACCAAAUGAGGAAAGAUCUACCAAAAGCCAACCUCAUUUAUGUUGACCUCCAUUCCAUAUUCCUAGACCUCUUUCGACACCCAACAGCUCAUGGACUUACUUAUGGUCCCAAGGCUUGUUGUGGGCUUGGAGGCGGUGCCUAUAAUUUUGAUGCUGGUGUUUUUUGUGGAAAUAGCAAGGUGAUUAAUGGAAAGAAUGUAACAGCCACAGCCUGUACUGACCCAUUCAAUUAUGUAAGCUGGGAUGGAAUACACGCCACUGAAGCUGCAAACUUAAUUAUGACAAAGGCCAUUCUCAAUGGCUCGCUCUUUGAUCCUCCUUUUCCCCUUAACAAGCUCUGUGAUCUACGUCCUAUAGCUUGAUCCCCUGUAUUUUUAAGGAUGUAAUUACCUAGCAAUAAUCAAUAAUAAAAUGUUUCUUAUUUUUUAGCAUUA